AUGCCCGCCAGGGGACAGCUCACCUGGGGGACCAUGGGCGGGCCUGUGCUGGGCGCAGCUCCCGUCAACGAGACGGGGCCCGCGUCGUGCGCACCGAGCCCGAAUGCGUGGAACGCCUCCAUGGACGGGUCGGUCACUCCUGCCGGGGCGCCUGGCGCCGCGCAGCCGCUCCAGCUGGGCCCUCAGCGUUUCGACCUCAUCCCUGCUGCCGCGCAGGGAGCUCCACCAUUCUCGAACGCCACGGACGAGGUGAAGAACGUGACUAUCCGUGGCACGUGGUUCAACGGGAAGACGGUGCACAUCCGCCCCCACACUCGGGACCGGGCUGGGUCGAACCAGGUUGGGGGCGAGACUCUCACGAAUUUCUCGCUGCAGGUGUCCGAGCAGCAGGUGUCCAAGCAGCAGUGGAGGUCCUUCUCGCGCGAAGAGGCCGGCUCGCUCAUCAGCGAGGCCUCGACCGAGCAGGUCGUGGCCAGGUUCGUCAUGAGGGAGGAGUUUGGGGAGCGCCUGGAGGGCCAGGCGCUGGAGUUCCGCAUGGGCGAGGCUGCGGAGGCAACCAUUCUCAUCUCACAGGCCGCCCACCAGGCUCUGAACAUAGACAUGCGGCACAUAUCCAAGCUGGGCCAGGAUCGCAUAGGCGGGCUGCUGGGCACCGAGGCACACGACAAGGAUAUCGAGGAGGAUACGGUCGAGUGCAAGGCGGAGGCGGCCAAGAAACACAUGGUAGAGAAGAAGGCCGAGGAGCUCCUCAGCGAGAUGCUGGGGUCCUCCAGGCUGAAGGCCUCGUGGCUCUGACUGCCGGGCUGAGCCGGCUGAGUUGCGGACUUCCGACGGGGCGGGGCGGGCCUCCCCGGAAGGGAAGGAGCGGUCAGGGAUUUGGCAAACGUUUUCAGAGGACAGAGUGAAGGGUCGGAGUUCCCGAAAGCCACUGUCUUGACAGCGGGGGCCCAGCGGCGGCGGCCGCGCCCGCGCCCCAGCGCAGCGCGGCGGUCAACGCCUGGGCCGCGAGUCAGGCGGCGACUGCCAUGGUUGUGGCGCGCCCGAAGGGGCCGAAGAGGGGGAAGCUGGACGCGGUGCCGACGCAAAAUGGCUUGAGCGCGCGCGCGCGCCCUCCUUACCCUUUUUAACCCUACGUUCGGAGCUGUCGCACUGAACUGCCAGCUCUAGUGCGACACCCCCGCAGGGCGGACAUUCUCCCACCCCGCGAGGCUUCAACGCCAGAGCGACCGCCGCUGGCUGCUCGACAUUGGCGACCAGCGCGAACACCAGCAUGUAAUAUGCACCGUGGAGGAAAACAUGGUAGACACAACAUGAUGUGCAGGUUCUUCUCGGCACGCGUGACUCGCAACGAGGUUCAGAAACAGCGAAUGUGCUGGUGGCCUGUUGGCUGAAGUUCCAGGAUUGGAAGCCAUUUGCAGUUCUUUGCCGGCCGGCGUCGCUUGCAGGUUUGUGACGGCCGCUACCAGCAUAGCACGUUCAAAAUUUGCGGGUCUGACACUUAGUGGGCGUUGUGAAAACGGGGGGUGUUCCGAGUGAAACCGUC